UUCUACUGCCAAGUACAGAUCAGUCGUGUUUCAGAACCCGCAUAGAUAACCUCGGUGCUAUCAAUAACCACUAAACUGUCUCAUAAAUAAUUACAUUAGAAUGUUACGAUGUGAAAUUUUUUUUAUUUAAUAAACGAUGUCAAAAAAAAUUAUUUAUGUUAAUGGAAUAAUGUGAUAAUUACAAGUGAAUAUUUACGUCAAAAAUAAUACCGUAGAAUACUUAUAAUUUGAAUCGUUUGUUAUUAUUUAUAAGUUAUUUAUGUGCAAAGUGAAUUUUAUCUACGGUAUAUUGAGUUUAAUGUUCAGUUUAUAAAUAUAGAGUGUAAAGCAGUGACACGGCUAAUGGAUAGAUGAAUUAUUAAUUAAUCGAGUCGCUGAAUUGUCGCGAUAAAAUGUUAACGUCAAGUGCAAAUCAGUAUCUCCGUCCGGAAUAUCUUACACCUUUACCAACUACGUUGGAUGCAAAGAAGAGUCCUUUGGCAUUGCUCGCCCAAACAUGCAGCCAAAUUGGCGCAGAUCCACCGACGACAUCAAAGUCACUCCAUUCUUCAGCAGAAAAGUCAUCCAACAAAUCAUCAAAAUCAGCAGAUCGUCUUGACACUCGAGAUAAAUCAUCUCCGAACAAUAUAAUAAACGUUUCAAGUAUUAAUGAAAGCAAACCAAAUUCAAAACCAUCGUCAGAAUCUCAUGAAAAAUCGUCCAGUCCAGAAGAACAACGAGCACCGUCCAGUAAUUCGACCCAAGGAAGAUCUCGGACUCCCAGCAGUAAAAGAUGUUCUAGCAAUCAAAGUGCUUCGUCACGUGCAAUAACACCACAAGGCCGAAAAACAUCUACACCAAAUGGUACAAGCGAAGUAACGCGAGAAUCUCCACUAUCACGAACAAGCAGCGAAGUGUCAUCGCAAAUGCAUCAAUCACUUCAACUGGAUUCAAAAUCUCCAUACACGUCAAAUUUACUAUUGGAUCCAUCUAUGAAGGAUUUACCGCUCAGUGUAUUUAAAUCCACUCCAACUGCUGUGUCCACAUCAUCGUACCUCAGCUAUCCCUUGCCAAUUGACGUGAUGACAAGCUCCCUAAUGUCCCUACAUCAUGUACCCACGUUAAAAAAUGUCAAUACCCUUAAUCCGUAUUUAAAUUAUUCACGGAUAAAAGGUACAAGCGCUGGCGGAGCAACAGAUUCACCACUCGUUUGUCGUGAUCCCUAUUGUACUGGUUGCCAAUAUAGUUCACAUUUACUAAAUCCUAUGACAUCAGCAACAGCACCAACAACAAGUUACAGCAAAUUAUCAACAACAACAGCAACAACCAGUGCCGGCAUUACAAAUGUUAAUGGUAUCAUACAUGGAUCCUGUCCUGCUGGCUGCAUUCAAUGCGAUCACAAUAAAACUGCACCGACGAAUCCAUACGGAUCAGUAAUGAGUGCACACAAUUCAGCAAUGGCUGCUUACGCUCACGCACAAUUAGCAGCACUUGCGGCCGCAUCACAAUUACCAUAUGUUUGUAAUUGGAUCGCUGGUGAUACAACUUAUUGUGGCAAGAGAUUUUCGUCCUCGGAAGAACUACUUCAGCAUUUAAGAAGCCACACGAGUGUUACAAGUGAUCCGGGAUUGUCAUUUUUAACACCUACGGGAUUACCUCCGGGUCAUCCACUUUAUUCGCGCAAUUAUCCGACCCCACCGUUGAGUCCACUUGCUACGGCGCGUUAUCAUCCGUACGGAAAAACACCAGGAUUAUUACCAUCAUCAUUAUCAUCCUUUGGAUUAACCACAAUGCCACCUGCCCCCCAUCCUGCCGCUGCUGCUGCGGCGGCUGCUGCUGCCAGUUUGCCGCCAUACUUGUCGCCUUAUUCAUUUUUUGGGCCGGCUCCACGACUGGGCGCCACUUCUGGUCUACAUCAUUGAGGCUUUUUUAAUGCUAGCCAGAUUUCAAUAACUGUGAUUUUAGUGGAGUUUACAUUUUUAAAAUAUAACUGUUAUUUUCUUUUUUUUUUUUUCUUUUUAAUGUUUUGACUGAAGUUUCUAAGAUUAUAACACAUUUAUUGCGGUCAAGAAAUAUAAGUAUAUAAAUUAUAAUAACAUCAAAUUUUUAAUAAAUUCUGCAGAAUAUUGUGAUUUAUUUGUAUUUUUAAAGUAUACAUAUUUCUUUUGUGCAAAGAAAUAUUAUAAAAAUUUAAUUAACUGUAACUUUUUCCGAAAUUCUUUGAACGAAAAUUUAAAAUAAAAAACAGUGAAUAUUUUUUCAAUAUUAAUGAUUUUCAAACUCAAAAUGAGAAAACAAAAUGGAUUUUAAUUUGACAAUAAAAAUUACUAAUUGGCACGUUAUAAUUUAAGAAAAAAAAUUUUAUAUACUUUUCAAUAGAUUCUAAAAUAAAAUAUAUUUUCUAAAUAUUAAAAGCUAUUACGUCUUACACAAAAAAAAAAAUGAUUUUGUACUUAAUGAAAUCUAUCAGCUUGAUCUCUUUUCAUUGUUAUUAAAAUUAAUUAAUAAUUAUUCAUUCAAAUUAUUAACAAUUUUACGAAUAAAUAAAUAACUUUACAGUCAUGUUAAUAUAUGUAGCCUAUACAAUUGUAAUUACUGUAAAUUAAUUCAUGAAAUAAUAUUUUCAUGCUGUCGCUGUGUACAUGUAUAAAAAAUUUCAACCAUUCGUAUUAGGGCGGCCUUGAAAAAACAACUAUUUUUUUGCUCGAGAAAUUUGAAAAUUCCAAAAGUGAUUUAAAUUCGAAUUUUUUUUUAAUUUUUCCUUUCAUGGCAGAAAUAUUUUCUAUCCAUAAAAUCAGUUCCAUUCUAAACAUUUCAGCUCAAAAUACAGAUUUUUGCUUACCCAAAAAUAUACUGGAAAGUCUUAAUAAAUAAAAUUGAGUAAGAUUUGAAUAACAAAAAAAAAACCUAAAAAUUGAAUAAAAAUAAAAAGUAUGUAAAUAACUAAUUUUUUCUAUGUCUCGGGUUAUAUUUCCGUUCAUUAUAAUAAGAUUUGAUGGUGAAAAAUCGAGAAGCCUUAAAAUAAUAUUUAAGAAUCGCUCAAAAAUGCCCAAAAGACGAAACAUUCAAAAUUUUUGAGCGACGUCUACUUAUUCAAAUUUUGGGCCGAAAUUUUCAGCAUAUUCAUGAUGUUAUAGACAUAAACUAUUUCUACCAUGAAAAAGAAACAAAAUUAGAAAACAAAAAUCCGAAUUUCGAUUAUUUUUGAAAUUUGUGAGCGACUUCUCAAAAAUUUUUAAUCGGGCUGAUUUUUGGAGACUUCUAAAAAAAAAAUUAAACCAACAAAUUUUUAUAUGAAAAAAAAAAACGAAACAAAGUCGGUAUUUUUGGGCCGCCCUAAUACGCAUGUAUUAAAAACUACGAUCUAUUUUUUCGUAACCAAAGUUUCACUAAGUAUGAGAUCGUUCAAAUACGAGAAUAAAAAUAAUUUAACACUAUAUCAAAU